GAAAGCUUGUACAUGGUAAAUGGCAACCCGUUCCGAGGGCGCAGCCCUCCCCUCUCUCUCCCAUAAAUAGUGCGCAAACGAACGGGGGAGCGGAGUGCAAGGCAAGACGCUCGCUGCAGCCUAGAUCCGCAUCGCCGGAGAGCCUCUACAUCACGGGAUGGGCCAGUGGCAUCCUAAUCUGAGCUGAAACGGUCACCCGUCACGUCCAUCCUUGACUAAGUGAAGAGCAGACAACCGCUGUCCACCCUCAGCGCUUUUCAUCUGAAUGGAAACAUGGACGCCUUCCACGGAGGCUUUUUGACUCAACAUGUCCAGAAGCUAUGAGCCGGGUCACUCAGUAGGGAUGUUGGCGGCGGUGGAACACGGUCCCAUCCUGUGCAGCGACUCCAACAUCCUGUGCCUGUCGUGGAAGGGUCGCGUGCCCAAGAGCGAGAAGGACAAGCCGGUAUGCCGCCGCCGCUACUACGAGGAGGGAUGGCUUGCCACAGGCAAUGGCCGCGGCGUGGUUGGCGUCACCUUUACCUCCAGCCACUGCCGCAGGGAUAGGAGCACCCCCCAGAGAAUCAACUUCAACCUGAGAGGACACAACAGUGAGGUUGUGCUGGUGCGCUGGAAUGAACCCUUCCAGAAGUUGGCCACGUGUGACAUGGAAGGAGGAAUUUUUGUGUGGAUUCAAUAUGAAGGGAGAUGGUCAGUGGAGCUUGUCAACGAUAGAGGAGCUCAAGUGAGCGACUUCACGUGGUCACACGAUGGCACUCAAGCUCUGAUCGCUUACCGCGAUGGCUUCGUCCUGGUAGGCUCGGUCAGCGGCCAGAGGCACUGGUCCUCUGAGAUCAACCUGGAGAGCCAGAUCACAUGCGGCAUCUGGACGCCUGAUGACCAGCAGGUGUUGUUCGGCACAGCCGAUGGCCAGGUGAUCGUGAUGGAUUGCCACGGACGCAUGCUGGCGCACGUGCUGCUCCAUGAGUCGGACGGGAUCGUGGGCAUGUCCUGGAAUUGCCCCGACUUCCUGGUGGAGGACAGCACCGAGAGCGACACAGACACGGACGACAACUUCUUGCCUUUAGUGAGGCGAGUGAAGCCUUUGCUGACUGUUACCUUCUUGUCGGGGGAAAUCAGCUUGAUGAGCAAUUAUGACGACCUUUCUCCUGCCGUCAUUCGCUCGGGUUUAAAAGAUGUGGAAGCGCAGUGGUGCUCCCAGGGUGACCUCCUUGCUGUAGCUGGCAUGGAGAGACACGGGCUGACCUCUGACGCCGGCGUGAACAGGAACGCUCUGGUUAAGUUCUACAACGUCCAAGGGGAACAUAUCUAUACUCUGGAAACGCCUGCUCAGAGGCCCAUCACCACUCUUUGCUGGGGCCACCGGGACUCACGCCUAUUCCUGGCGUGCGGUCCAGCCCUGUAUGUGGUGCGCGUGGAGCACCGCGUGGCUAGUCUACAGCUGCUGUGCCAACAGGGGAUCGCCAGUGCCCUCCGAGAGGAAAAGGAUGUGGGCAAGCUUAACAUGCCUUCGCUGCUCUGCUCCUAUGUCACCACCGCCUUCAUACCCACCAUCAAGCCCCCAAUUCCAGACCCCAACAAUAUCCGAGACUUUGUCAGCUACCCCACAACAGGCAACGAGCGGCUGCACUGCACCAUGAAACGGGCGGAGGACAGCCCUGAAGCGGGUGGCCCGUGCUACACUCUCUAUCUGGAGUACCUGGGAGGGCUGGUGCCCAUCCUGAAAGGCCGACGCAUCAGCAAAUUGAGGCCUGAGUUUGUCAUCAUGGAUCCCAAAACUGAAAGCAAAACCGAGGAAGUGUGCGUCAACUCCAUGAUCUCAUACGCCGACAGCUGCAACUGCUCCGACUCUAGCGACGUGGAGCUAAGUGAUGAAUGGGUCGGCAAGAGGUCACCAAAGUUCUCACGAGGGAACAGAAUGAACUUGGAACCGCGCAAAUCUCCAAAACUAAACCGCGCCCACCAGGAGGGGCAGCGGUCGCCACGACUGCCGUCCAAGAAGCCUAUGGCUCGAUCCCCAAGCCUAACACGAAGGGAGUUUUCAAUGGACGGACUCACUGAGCACAAUUACCUGGCUCAGGUCACUUCAAAUAUCUGGGGAACAAAGUUCAAAAUUGUGGGACUGGCCUCAUUCUUGCCUACCAAUCUCGGCGCAGUCAUCUACAAGACAAGUUUGCUUCACUUGCAACCGCGGCAGAUGACCAUUUACCUCCCGGAAGUGCGCAAGAUAUCACAUGACUUCAUGAGCCUGCCUGUCUUUAACCCUAAUGUGUUCAGCGAGGACGAGGAUGACUUACCAGUGAUGGGCUCAUCGUCAGGAGACAACCCACCCUGCACUGUCAACAUUCCUAUCGCACCAAUCCAUAGCCCAGCUCAGGCGAUGUCUCCCACUCAGAGCAUUGGCCUGGUCCAGUCUCUCCUUGCCAAUCAGAACAUCCAGCUCGAUGUCCUCACCAACCCCACAACAAAUGCAGCUGCUGCUGCAGCAGCGACUGCAUCCGUUUCUGCCCCGGUUUCCGACCGCAGCCAGGAGCCUCCUGUUGCUACUCCAUAUCCUGUUACAGGCAGAUAUUCAAACCCGGGACAGGUGAUCUUCAAUGGACUGGAGAUGGGCCCACUUCUCCCCGGUACACUGCCACCCCCGCCACCACCUCACCAUCUCCCACCUCAGCCACGGUCCCAGCCGCCUCGACAGCAACAGCAGAGUUCCAGGCAGCAGGUGCAUACUUUACAGGCCCAGCAGCAGCAACGGCAUCAUCUUCAGCAGCUGAACCAUCAGCAGCCAUCACAUCAGCAGCAGCACCAGGUCCAGCAGCACCAGCAAAUUUUGCAGAAUCCACCACUGGUGGCAGGGGGGCACCAGUUCCAGCAGCAGCAGCAGAUUCAGCAGCAGCAGCAGCAAAUGCAAAUGCAGCAUGAGCAAAUGCAACAGCAGCAGCAGCAAAUGCAGCAGCAGCAGCAACAGAUUCGCCAGCAGAUUCAGGAGAUGAGGCAGCAACAGCAGCAGCUCCAACAGCAGCACCAGCAGAUCCAGCAGCAGCACCAGCAAAUGCAGAGGCAGCACCAGCAGAUGCAGCAGCAGCUGAAGAUGCAAAUGACGCUCCCCCCGGCACCCACUGGCUACCCAACCAUCUCCCUACAGCAGAUACAUCUCUUGCCACCACUUCCUCCGCCACCUACCACUGAGCCCGCACUGAAUCGAGAUCACAUGUUGAAGCCAAGCUUGCCCCGGACUUUACCCCCUUCUUUUAGUACCAGAGAUGCUGGAUCCGUGGAGAUUCAGGUUCGUAAGGUAAAUCCACCUCCUCCAUACCCAGGUACGGUAGUUUCGGUGCCGGCCACAACAGAGGCAACAGCCCAAACCCUGGUCACAAACUGCGAUAGCCCGAGCAUCCUAGCUCCAGACACCUGCCUAAAGAAAGAUGACUUUUUGCUUCAGCCAGUGACCAUACAAUACCCCACACCUCUAGGGUAUGAAAGGAUCACAACGUUUGACAGCAGUGGUAAUGUAGAGGAAGUUUGCCGUCCCAGGAGGCGCGUCAUUCGCAAUCAAAAUGCAUAUACAGCCCAUGGUUCGGCCACGCUCAAGGUCACCUCCUCUGAGAACAAAAAGAUUCAUCUUCCCUACAGCUCAGCAACACUCAGCCGCCUGUCAGUCCCACGGUAUUCCAUACCGAGCGGCGACCCACCCCCUUAUCCUGAUCAGUCCAAUCCAGUUCCCACUACCCUGGCUCCUCCACCACCGAGAGUGGAAAGCAGUCUGAUUCAUGCCACUCUGCGCCGCGACCGCCGUGAUGUGACACUCAAAGUUCCCGCUAUGAUAGACAGUUCUAGGACACUUCCUACCAAGGCCAAGCUAAACAGCGCCAUAGGUAUGACAUACCAGCAGAGGAUGCCCGCAGCGCUGUACACUUGCACACAGUGCAGCAGCAACAGUAGCAGCACGAGUGUUAGCGUCAGCGGUGGUGGGACAUCCAGUAGUGGCAUUGCGGGUGGCACGGUAGUCAGGCAGGACUUCCCCCCAGGGAAAGGAGCACACCACAGCACAAUCAUUGUGCACUCUAAAAGCGCUUCCCAGUCAUCCUAUAGCCUACUGGGUUCCAUGGAAACCAGCCGGGACAGAACCGUGUAUGUCAACUCUGCCUUCACGGAGGAUGAGACUCUGAGUCAGCACUGUCACUUGGACAAAUCAGUAAGACAAAUGACCCUCGGGGAGGUCGGCCUCACGGCAAAACGCCCUCCACCUUACCAGUGGGAUGCCUCUGCUGCAGAGGAGUUCUGGCUAGCCCCGGAGCAAACAUUGCUGGCUCCUCCACCUCCUCCUCACAAACCCCCUCCUCUCAUUCUUGGCCAGGCCCAGCACUUGGAUAUGACCCAGCUCCCGUUCAUUCUAACAACUAAGCCACCAUCUAAUCCCAGCACGAGCACCCUAACUUUUCCAUCGGGCUACCAGAUAUCGCUCUCCCCCUUCCCUCCCAGUGUGGGCCACAGUAGACCCCCCAUGCAGACCUUACAGAAUUCCUCCCCACAGUGUGCACCAAACGAAGUAGUUCUUCCUGUCCCAUUCGCUCAGCAGGACUCGAAUUUGGUUUUAUCGACAGGGUACUCCACAAGUCUUGCUAACUUGGCAUGCUGCUCCCUGCCCCCUAUGUACCCAGGAGCCAGCUCCUGCGCCGGACUUCAGCUGCACCCUGUUAACCUGCAUCCCUGGAACCCAUACCCCUGCCCGCCUCCUAUGCAGGACCCUCCCGCACCCCCUCUCCCAACCAAAACUCAUCAGAUUUUAGAAAAGCCCAUUCUCUCACCACCACCUCCGACUGCGCCACCUCCACCACCCCCUCUCCCUCCACCACCGCCACCCACCGAGUUACUCUCCACUAAAUGCACCUCCGAGGAUCCGUCUGAGUCAGGCAAUGGUUUUCCUGAGUCGACAUCCCUCAAUGAAAGUCCUGUGCCACAGGAGUCAGACCGCUUCAACAAAAAAAGUCGCAAGAGACUGGACAGUCGAGCCGAAGAGGCCAACAUGUCCUCGGUGUCAAGAAAGGACGGUCGCACACUGUCAGAUUUCAACUCUCUGAUUUCUAGUCCACGACUGAGCAGUAGAGAAAAGAAGAAGCCCAAGGGACCCCGGGAGCAGCUCAACAGAACCAAAAAGAUGAGUAGGGCCACCAACGAGUUUCAGGACAGCUCGGAGAGUGAGCCAGAGCUUUUUAUCAACGGCGAUGAGCUGAUGAACCAGAACCAAAGUAGCAAGAAGAGCUGGAAGAGCAAGCGCAGCCUUCGAAUGGCCAGUGAGCUGGAGGAGAUUAAGUGCCGCAAGGCCAAUGAACGGGAGGAUCGCAGUUUAGGUAGCCAGGGCUUUGUCUAUGUGAUGGCCAACAAGCAGCCUCUGUGGAACGAAGCCACGCAGGUCUACCAGCUGGAUUUCGGAGGUCGGGUCACACAGGAGUCCGCAAAGAACUUCCAGAUUGAGUUGGACGGACGACAGGUGAUGCAGUUUGGACGCAUUGAUGGGAACGCCUACAUCCUGGAUUUCCAGUACCCCUUCUCAGCGGUGCAGGCGUUCGCAGUGGCCUUGGCUAAUGUUACUCAACGUCUGAAGUGAUUUUUUUUUUUUUUUUAGGUCCAGUUACCACAAUUCACAUGACUACACUAACAACAUGAGCACUUUGACAUGGUAUGAUGAAUGUUUGAAACAUCAAAAUAUAAAACGAGCCUCCCACCAAUAAGCUACAUUUGAACUAGACGCACCUUCUGAAUAGAAUUACAGUAAAUGGUUGAAAUAUACUUAUGUAAACAACAGCCACAGUGUUACAAAUUCUCCAUUGAGAGUCAAUAGCAUUAUACGUGAGAACUUUUGAAAGAAAAUAUUGUUUUUUAUCAAGAUAGCAAAUAUAUUGAUGAGAUUCAUUUAUUCAAAAGUUGGUCGCACCCAAUGAUGAAUGUAUUUACGAGUGCCAGAGUUGUAUUUUUUUUCACCAUACAUGUUAUUUAUACAACAAGUGGUGCGUGCAUUAUCAGUCUUAUUAUAAAAUCUUGAAAUUGAAAUUCUCCUUUUGUUCAUUUGCUGCCACUGAUGGCAGUCAACAUCCAGUGGCAGCCAAUGACUUAACCAAUCAAAACAAAUUUGGGGGAUUCGUCUAUCACCACGUGAUGCACGAAAAGGUUUCAAGGAGUUAUGCCCAAAAGCAGAUCUCAAGCCAGCCGUGCAGGUUUGAGGUGGGUAUUUUGGGGCCAUAAAUUCGAGAGUUUGUGCUUCGAAAAACUCUUCAGUGGCCCAAACAAUCCCCAGUCGGAUGCAACUGUAGAUUGCCAAGUUUUUUUUGGUCCUAUACCAUGGAAAGUUGAAUGCUUGUCAUUCCUCGCAGCUUUAAGUUUAUCAUUGUCAUGGCUGCAUGCGUGCAAUUAUGCGUGCAAAAAAAAAAAAAAAAAAAAUCAAAGCAAGAGAUGACUUUGUGUUGCUGUUGUUUUGACCAGGUGCUUGUGACGCUACUUGAAAUAUUCUAUUUGAAUGUGUCAGUCAGUAAUAGCUAGAUGUGUGCUGCAAACUGCAAAAUAAGAUCAAAGGCUGCUGCUUUGUUUUUUUGGACUAGAGGGAAUCACCUCUAUUCAUGGCUAAUAUUGAAAAUGUGCAAUUGUCCACCGCCUCUGGAAAUAUCCACAAUUAGUUAGGGAUGCCACAAGAUGGCAACAAAGCCCUUUUUUUUAAUUAGACAUGGUUUAAAAAGGUUCUGGAACUGUACAGUUCCAAUUUAGGCACACAAUUGUACUUUUGCACUGAUUACCUCAUUGGCUGCCAUUGUCGGUGAUAGACAAACUUGAUCUGUUCUAAAAAUAAACUUUUUACACUGACUACACAGUAACUUUGGCAUAUUACCAAUUACAACUAUGAAACUAGGGAAACAAAAGUAUCAUCAGCAAUCUUCCUACUGUCGUAACUCCUAUAUUGUUAUUUCAAAAAUUAACUCAUUGGCUACCAUUGAUGGCAAUAGACAUUUAUUCCAUUUAGACUGGGUGGGCUAGCAUCAAUUAAUCACUGCCAGGUCCUCCAAGUAAAAAUUGAUUGGAUGUCUAUUGCCAUCAAUAACACUGAAACCAUCCCAUUUCAAAUGGAUUUGACAUUUAUCCCUGUCAAAGGCAGUUAAUGAGUGAAUGAGAUUUUGGAGGUGAACUGUUAGAUCCGGUGCUAAUGUACAAUAGAACUGUGUCUAUAUUAUUCAGUAUGUCAUGCUGCUUUAUAGAGUUGUGUGUGUGUGUGUGUGGUUGUGAUCAGUAAUAUUGUUUUCUAUAUAUUGUAAAGUUUUCUUUCUCUUUCCAAUUUGUGAAAAGAAACAAAUAAGCCAAAUGGGACCAUAACUUUACAUUUGACAUAGACCUGUGGACUGAAGACAAAUAAAUAAAUCAAAAAUGAUUUAUUCGUAACGUUUCUAAUUCCACUUUGUCUUAUUUAAUUUCCAAAUGAAAAUACUGGAGCAAUGAAGAAAAAGGAACAUAGCAUACCGUAGUUAUUUACAGUGCUGG